GGGGGGGGGGGGGCGGGUUGAGUGCCAGAUUCUCCAGAACGACCCGCCAUUCCAAUGCAUGCAUUGCUGGCUACCCGACGAAGCAAACCGGUGACGUUGGUGUCGGCGUCCUUGUACUGGGAUGUCUCACGACAGCGCAUGUCAACACAGCAAAGCCACACUGAAAUAUGCGGCAUCUAGUUACAGCUUAAUUUAAGACAAGCCACUAGUGAUUCACUGCUGUUACUGUGUCACGAGCAAAGAUGCCUCUUCUGUCAAGAAAUUUCUUCUUCACGUCCCGGGAGCUAGCCCCAAGAUCGUAAUGAAAAAAAGAAAAGGCCGGUCAGACUUCCAUCGACACCCACCCCGCCUGAGCGCCCGAGGGCAAGUCCUCAGGAAAGCCGGGGUACAGAUCAUCGCCACUCUCUAUACAGCCGCAGCACGAAGCAGCGACCGCCGCCUUUGCAGGCAGGACGAGAGUAAAAAGGAUUCUCACUGUAGGGUGCCGAGGAUAUCGUUCAUCAACCCGGGUGGGAUCUGUGGCUCCUUUAGGGAACACAAAAGAGGACGAAUACUAUAGAAAUGAUUCUCUGAAGUAUUGUCGACAUGAAGAAAAAAAGAA